UCAUUUGGGGAUUUAUUUAUUGAGUUGGCAAAACUGAAAUCUCAAAAUGCCGUUGGGGAAAUACAACUGCGAUUAUUGCGAUAAAGAGUUCCGGGACACGCCCGCGGCUCGCCGGCGCCACCUUCAGGGCAUCCAGCACCAGAGGGCCAAAGCUCUCUGGUACAACUCCUUACUCACAGAUCCUUUGGUACAUAACGAUCCGGAGUCUUUUGGCAAAGGAGUCUGCAAUCGCUUCGUUCGAACGGGGUCAUGCCAGUAUGGGGAGUCAUGUAGAUAUUAUCAUCCAAAGCAAAACACACAAAAUAUGAAUCUUGAACGAAUAAGAGGGAAUGCCUUCAAUGAUGAUAUACUGAAGCAUAAUCUGCAUUGUCAAGCUUUUGGAGCAACCUCUUUCCCAGGUGAUAUGUUUAGAGACAAGACAGGAGCAUCUCUGGGUACUCUACCGCCCUCUUUAAUGCCACCUCCUGAGGGUGGAUAUCCACCACUUCCAUUUCUUGACUGGGGAUAGUCACUAGUGUGCUGCAAAUUUCGGUGUUUUAUGAACUAUAAUUUCAUGGAUUGAGUUUUUGAACAUGUGGAGCAUGUGUAAAAUGUGAGUUCAAACCAUUCCUUGUUCACAUUUAGCAAGAUAGGGUAGACUAAGUCUUGGCUUCAUCUCUAUAUAUAAAUACAUGAAAUCUUGUAUUUAACAAGAUAAUAUUACAGCAUCACUAUCUUCUCACUUGUU